AUGUCAAACCCAACUACUCAGAAGGCCGAUGCCACAGAGCAGCCCCGGCCACAAAACCCCCAAGUCUUGGAGGAAGACGACGAGUUCGAGGAUUUCCCCGUUGAAGACUGGCCCCAAGAAGAAGCUGAGCAGACCAACGGCUCGACAGCAAACGACGGUAGCGAGCACUUAUGGGAAGAGAGCUGGGAUGACGAUGAUGCGGCAGAGGAUUUCUCAAAGCAGCUCCAGUGA